AUGGCGGUGGCGGUGAAAGUUCAGUCGUGCCCGACAUGUUCCUUCAAGCCUAAAGUGGAUAAGUUCACCGAGAUGGCCAAGGAGCUCUUCGGCGACAAGGUGGAGUUCACCUCUGAGGAUGGCGAAAAGGGCAUGUGCGUAAUCUCCAUCGGCGAGGAAGUUGUCUACGAGAAGAAGGGCAAGGGAAAGGGGAAGGGGAAAGACAAGGACAAAGACAAGGACAAGGACAAGGACAAAGAGGGAUGGGAUGAGGAAGGAAAGGGCAAGGGCAAAGACAAGGACAAGGACAAGGAGAAGGACAAGGACAAGGAGAAGGACAAGGACAAGGACAAGGACAAGGACAAGGGCAAGGAGAAGGGCAAGGGCGGAUUCGGCAAGCCCACGCCCGAAGAGCUGGUGGAUGCGCUGAAGAAGAUCGGCGAGAAGUGCGGCGUGGAGGUGGCCGCUGAGCCGGACGGCUUCGCGGAGCUCCAGCGGCUCCACGAGGAGCAGCUCGCCGCGGGGCCGCCGGCGCCGCCGCCCGCGGAGGGCGAGGAGGAGCGGCCCUGGUACCAGUUCUGGUAG